AUGUACUCGGCAAGGGCACUGGCAACUGUGAUUGGGGGUUUGGUGGCGUCGUCGCCAGCAACGGCCUCAUCCACGGCAUCCCUCCCUUUGACGCAACUCCCACCACCUCUGUGCUCAUCAUCAGCCCAUCAACAACAACAGCAGCACACAGCGAACACCACGACGCUUGGUGAACUGCUACACAGCGGAUGCAAAUGGAUCAGCGGCGUGGCUGCGGACACUGGCCUUUUCCUGCCACGGCAUUCCAUGCAACCUCGCCAUCCAUCCUCAUCGUCGAUGCAGCCGCAAGUGCGUGAAUUCCACCACUGUGACAGCCUCGAUGUGUCCAUGCCACGCUUCUCCAUGGUGACAUUCAUUCAUUCACACCGGAGCAGCGACGCGUUCCACCCGCACAAACAGGAAAUACCUCGUCACCUUCAGGGGUACUACCAAGUCUGCUCGCUCUCAUGCCAUGCGCAACCACCUCCCCAAGCUGCACAACGACAGAGGAAGAGUUCAAACACGGAGCUGGCGCUGGAGACCAAGUUUGGGCUCAUCGUGGAAGGAUUUGGCUACCACUCCUUCAGGUGUAUCAUGGCUGCGGGUGCCAUACCCGUCAUUGUCGUCGAUCACUACGUGCUGGUGCAAUGUGAAAUGAUGAGUGUGGGUGUGAAGUAUUUUAAGAUGAGAUUGUGGAUGCUUCCGAGGAUCCUGCGGUCGAUCCCUGAUGAGGUGGUGGAGAUAAUGCGGAGACGCGUUGUGUUUGUGUUUGAGGAGUUCUUCAAGUCUCUCUCCACCCAAGUGCACACAGCACUGGAGUCUGCCAGGAUCAACCUGUUCAGCGGCGACAACGCGUUGCAGAGGGCCUUGAGCCAGCAGCUGUCACCCCUCCCCCUCCCACCAACCACCACUGCUCUGGUGGGAUGA